AUGGACCAGCUCAUGAACCUCCUCUACCUGAACUUCUCCGAGCAGCUGAGCCUGCUGGAGGGGAACGAGGUGCCCUGCAGCGACUCCGUCGGGCACGGCACGUUUCUGAUCGUGGCCUACAGUGCAGUCAUCGCCGUGGGGCUGAUCGGCAACCUCUGCCUGGUGUGCGUCAUCGUCCAGCAGAAGGAGAUGCGGAACGUCACCAACAUCUUCAUCGCCAACCUCUCCUGCUCUGACAUUCUCAUGUCCCUGGUCUGCAUGCCCAUCACAGUCAUUUACACCUUGAUGGACCGCUGGAUCCUGGGGGAAGUGCUCUGCAAGGCCAGCCCCUUUGUGCAGUGUGCUUCCGUCACCGUCUCCAUCCUCUCCCUCGCCUGGAUCGCCCUGGAGAGGCACCAGCUCAUCAUCAACCCGACAGGGUGGAAGCCCGCUGCCAGCCACGCUUACCUGGCGGUUGCCCUCACCUGGGCGGUGGCUUGCUUCAUCUCCCUGCCCUUCCUCUCCUUCACAGUCCUGACCAACGAGCCCUUCCGGAACCUGAGCCUUCCCUUCAACCCCUUCGCCGACCACCUGGCCUGCAUCGAGCACUGGCCCUCGGAUGAGCAGCGCCUCACGUACACCACCUUCCUCCUCCUCUUCCAGUACUGCCUCCCGCUGUGCCUCAUCAUGGCCUGCUACUUCCGCAUCUUCCUGCGCCUCCAGCGCCGCAAGGACAUGGUGGAGCGGGCCAAGGAGGGCUCCCGGGCCACCAGCCACAGGAGGGUGAGCGUCAUGCUGGCCUGCCUCGUGGUUGCCUUCGCCGCCUGCUGGCUGCCCCUCACCGUCUUCAACGCCCUCUACGACUGGGACCACGAGAAGAUCCCCGUGUGCUACCACAACUUCAUCUUCUCCCUCUGCCACCUGACGGCCAUGGCAUCCACCUGCACCAACCCCAUCGCCUACGGCUUCCUCAACAGCAACUUCCAGAAGGAGGUCAAGGCCUUGCUGUAUCGCUGCAGCUGCAGCGGCCACGAGAAGGACAAGUACGAGAGCUUCCCGCUCUCCACUGUCAGCACCGAGAUCUCCAAGGCCUCGCUCCGAAGUGGGGGUGGCGCCGGCGCCCACGCUUGA